AACAAUAUAGUGCAACAUGCCGAGCUGUUAGUAGCACUCAAUCUCAAACCAGCUGGAUUUAAUUCGUUAAAAAAGUUGUUAAUCGUGUAUCCUGGGAAAAAAACAUCCCACAUAAUUGACCUUAGGCAGUUUAGUGCCCUUUGGACUGCAGAUUGGAACUGGGAUAAUUUCACGUCAGCUUUAUCUUGGCACUUUUUUUUUAUUUGCGUGCGCCAGGCUGCCAGAUUUCUCCUCUAUUUUUGCCAUUAUUCUGCUUCAUUUCUGUCAAUAUGGAGGAGUGGAGGCAGUGCGGUCGCUGGUUGAUAGACUGUAAGGUUUUGCCCCCGAACCACCGGGUUGUUUGGCCCUCAGCGGUCGUGUUCGACCUGGCCCAGGCGCUCAGAGAUGGGGUGCUCCUGUGCCAGAUGCUGCACAAUCUGUCUCCUGGAUCCGUGGACCUGAAGCAGAUCAACUUCAGGCCUCAGAUGUCACAGUUUCUGUGUCUGAAGAACAUCCGGACAUUCCUGAAAGUGUGCCAUGAUAAGUUCGGCCUGAGGAACAGCGAGCUGUUUGAUCCCUUCGAUCUGUUUGACGUGAGGGACUUUGGGAAGGUGAUCUCUGCGCUGUCCAGAAUAUCCCACAACAGCAUUGGACAGAUCAAAGGCAUCAGGCCCUUUCCAUCAGAGGACACUGCGCUGAAUGAAGAUGAUGUGUACCGGAGCUUGGAGGAGUUGGCAGAUGAGCACGAUGUGGGAGAGGACGACAUAUAUGACUGCGUUCCCUGCGAGGAUGAUGGGGACGACAUCUACGAGGACAUCAUCAAGGUGGAGGUUAGACAGCCCAUGAAAAUGGGCAUGACAGAAGAUGAUAAGAGAAACUGCUGCUUGGUGGAGAUUCAGGAGACAGAGGCAAAGUACUACAAGACACUGGAGGACAUUGAGAAGAAUUAUAUGAUGCCCCUGAAGCAAGUCUUAUUGCCACAGGAGAUGGAGGCCAUAUUUGUAAAUUUAGAGGACAUCAUCAAGGUCCAUUUUGCUCUGCUGAGGGCCAUUGACCUGACCAUGGUGAGCGGGGGGAACGGCCUGGGAAAGAUCUUUCUGGACUACAAGGAGAGACUGCUCAUCUACGGCCAGUACUGCAGCCAUAUGGAGAAUGCUCAGAAGACACUGGAUGAGCUGAUUGCCACACGGGAAGAUGUCAAGUUUAAAGUGGAGGAGUGUACCAUGAAGGUCCAGGAGGGAAAGUUCAAACUGCAGGAUCUUCUAGUUGUCCCCAUGCAGAGGGUCCUUAAAUACCACCUUCUGCUUAAGGAGUUAGUAAGUCACUCUAUGGACCGUCCGGAGAGGCAGCAGCUUAAAGAAGCACUAGAAGCCAUGCAGGACCUGGCCAUGUACAUCAAUGAGGUGAAGAGAGACAAUGAAACCUUGAAGAAAAUAAGUGAAUUUCAGAGCUCAAUAGAAAAUCUACAGGUGAAACUAGAGGAGUACGGUAGGCCAAAGAUAGACGGAGAGCUUAAAGUGUGCUCUAUAGUUAACCGGACCAAACAAGACAGAUACAUCUUCCUAUUUGAUAAAGUUGUGAUUGUUUGCAAGAGAAAAGGCUAUAACUAUGAGUUAAAAGAGAUCAUUGAACUUCACUUUUAUAAGAUGUCAGAUGACCCCAUGAAUAACCGUGACAUGAAAAAGUCGAGUGGAAAAAUGUGGUCCUAUGGCUUCUACCUGAUCCAUCUGCAGGGGAAACAGGGCUUCCAGUUCUUCUGCAAGACAGAAGAUACCAAGCGCAAGUGGAUGGAGCAGUUUGAAAUGGCCAUGUCAAACAUCAAACCCGAAAGAGCCACUGCCAACCAGCACAACUUCCAAAUGCACACGUUUGAAAAGAACACCAACUGCAGAGCCUGUAAAAUGCUGCUGAGAGGUAUUUUCUACCAGGGAUACUACUGUCCACGCUGUGGGACCGGCGUCCAUAAGGAGUGUCUGGAGGUCAUUACCAUCUGCAAAAUAAGUCCCCAUGAUUCGGAGCCAGGGCUUCCACAAUCAGGUCCAAAGAUGGUGGCCAUCAAAAAUUACAAUGGUACCCCUGCCUUGCCAGGCAAGAUGCCACUCUGCUUUCAGACAGGAGAAGUCAUUGAGCUCCUGAAGGGAGAUCCAGACACAUCAUGGUGGGAGGGCAAGCUCAUCCAAACCCAAAAGACUGGCUUCUUCCCCAGUUCCAGUGUAAAACCAUGUCUAGACCCUAAGCCUUUGCAGUCAUUUUCCAGCCGUCAGUCCUCCAGAGAAACAGAUUACUACGUUUAUCCCUGGUUUGCAGGAAACAUGGAGCGGCAGCAGGCCGACAACCUGCUCAAGUCUCACAGCAGCGGCACCUAUCUGAUCCGAGAGAGAACAGCAGAGGCUGAGAGAUUCGCAAUCAGCAUCAAGUUUAAUGAUGAAGUGAAGCAUAUUAAAGUUAUUGAGAAAGACAACUGGAUUCACAUUACAGAGGCAAAGAAGUUUGAAAGCCUUCUGGAGCUUGUGGAGUAUUAUCAGAUUCAUUCACUGAAAGAGAGCUUUAAGCUGUUGGACACGACAUUACGGUACCCUUACAAAUCCCGGGAACGCUCAAGCUCUCGCACCAAUACCCGCUCACCAGCAGCCACCUGUGCUUCCUACAACUUCUCCUUCCUCAGUCCUCAGGGCCUCAAUUUCUCCUCUCAAAGCUCUGCUCCCUUCUGGUCAGUAUUCACACCCAGGGUAGUCAGCACAGCUGUGGCGCGAUACAACUUUGCCGCUCGAGACAUGAGAGAGCUGUCCCUGCGAGAAGGGGACAUCGUCAAGAUCUACAGCAAGAUUGGUGGAGACCAAGGCUGGUGGAAAGGAGAGGCCAAUGGCAGGAUUGGAUGGUUCCCCUCCACGUACGUCGACGAGGAAGGGGUGCAGUGAAACUUUGGAGUCACAAAUCGUCCAAUCGCAUUUUGAUCUGCAGCCCUCUGAGAGGACUCUUUGGUUUCCAAGGCAACACCCUAAUGGAAGUCUUUUCGCUGGAAACAUAUUUUACAAUGAAUAUUUGUACUUCUGUCUCUUUUCAUCAUGUACGAAUAUGCUUUUUCCCUUUCUCGGAAUGUCUGUGUGAUCUCUGUGAAGAAAACUGCUCGGAGUCUGUUCGUUCUCAGUGUCGGGAGGAGGAAACUGUGAACAGAGCAGAACUUAAAGUGGCCAAAGGACAAGCAUGGCUUUAAGUUUGUACAGUAAUACCUGUAACGUGCGCUGACGGCCACAGGGGUAUAAUGGGGGGUGGGGACAUAUAAAUAAAUAAAUAAAUAUAUAUAUAAAUAUAAUUUAUUAAAGAGAUAUAUCUAUGAUUAGAAUGCGACGUUGAACAUUUGUUCAACAGCACCAAUGCAAAGAAUAUAGAAGAGCAGAGCAGAUGCACUUUGCAUUUCUUUACAGAGAGAAUUUGCCUUAGUAAUGGUAAUGCCUUUAGAUGUGGAGGAAAAGAGAUGGAUUCAGACUCAUAUUGCACAUACAAAUUCGUACAUCUACCCUGUCCAAAAAUAUGGUGCCUUUUUAUACAUGUCUUCACUCCCAACAGAGUCUGGUUUAUAUAGCUGCAGCAUUAACGCCCUGUUCUGUAGUGGUGCUCUCUCACGACCCUCUCCACCCAU